AUGGUCGCUGUGGAAGAGCUGCCGUACAUAGGCGGCGACCUGUUCACGCAAUGGUUCCUUCCUGGUGGACACAUGGACGCGGCGCACGACAUGGUGGCGCGCGUUGCAAACGCGACGCGACGUGCCUUCGAGACACUGCGUUGGAUCGACGAGCCAACGCGCCGCAACGCGCUGCUUCGCUUCUCCAGUCUGGAGCAGAUUGUCGGGCGUCCCGAGAACCUGUCCACGAUCAGGCAGCUUGACGAUUACUACUCAUUCCUGCCAGCUGCGCCGGAGGACAUUAGCUAUCCAGAAAUGCUGCUCGCCAUGAUGCGCUCCAGAGCAACGGCGGCGCUGAGGCUCCUGAACGCCUCGCGUCCCGUCUUCAGUCACGUGAGAAAGGAGUUCCCGAUGGUAGUGGUGAACGCCUUCUACGUUCCCAUCUACCACGUGAUAGUCAUCCCGCCGGCCAUCAUGUUCUCGCCUUUCUUCAAGCCCAUGAGCGUGCCAGCGGCGCUCAAUUAUGGCAGCCUUGGUCACGUGAUUGGUCACGAGAUCACGCACAGCUUCGACGAGAAUUUCGGCCUGUACAACAGGUUCGGCGAGCGCGAUGACUGGUGGUCACCACAGUCGCGCGCCAACUUCCGCGAUCGGCUGCGCUGUCUGCGCGGGCUCUACAACGAGGUCUCCAACGGGACGGGGAUUGCCUUCGGCGACACGGCGUUAGCGGAGAACUUCGCUGACUGCGGUGGUAUAGCGAAGACAAUACAGGCCUUCCGACACCUUGGACCACAACCCGCGAUGACCCUGAAAGGCCGCAUGUUCACUGCCGAGCAGCUUUUCUUUCUUGCGAGCUGUUACAAGUGGUGCUGGCCAAUUCCAGACUUCAAGAAGCGGCUAAGAAGCGGCGUCGGAGGUAAUGACGUGGUCAAAUACUACUCGCCGAUGGACAUGCGUUGUAACGUGCCACUGAUGAAUAUGCCUGAAUUCGCGCAGGCUUUCGCUUGCGCCAACGGAUCGUACAUGAGCUCUCUGACUCGCUGCGAAGUGCUGUGAAACGAGUAACAACAGUAAAACAUAAUACCGUUUUGAUUUCCAACCUGCGCUUUCGUAGGCGAGUAAUGUUGAUAAUUCGUAUCAAGCGUAUUAAGCACAUUACGUCUACGGGUAUAUUAUUUCGAUAAUGUUCCUCUGCCUUUUGUCUUAGUUAUAUCUAUGGCUUCAUUUU